GCUCGCGUCCACGGCCGCCGAGGUGAAUGUCGUCUCCUCCGCGCCUGCCGCGGAGGAGGAGGAGGAGGCCGGGAAUCUGGACAGGUUCCUCGCCUCCACCACGCCCUCCGUGCCCGUCCGGAACAUGCCCGAGACAAGCUUGAGGAUGCGGAGGAGUGGAGAUGCCAUGGAUUCAUCUCCUUACUUCUGUCUUGAUGAUCUCUGGGAGUCUUUCAGGGAGUGGAGUGCUUAUGGGGCUGGUGUUCCCCUGGUGUUAAAUGGCGGUGACUCUGUGAUACAAUAUUAUGUGCCAUAUCUCUCUGCUAUCCAGCUGUAUGCUGAUCCAUCUAGACCUGUUGCAAGUACCAGCAGUGAGAGUAGCAGUGAAACUGAUGCUGCUCAAAAUGGUGUCUUACAAAGUGAGGAUGGCGAUGCUUUUGUAUCUGCAAGUUUUCCUAUAUUUGAGCAUCUGGAGCGGGAUCCUCCGUAUGGCAGAGAGCCUUUAACAGACAAGGUAUCAGUUCUUGCGGAUAGAUUUCCAGCUUUAAAGACAUUCAGAAGCUGUGACUUGCUGCCAUCCAGUUGGAUGUCUGUUGCAUGGUACCCCAUAUAUAGAAUCCCGACAGGACCGACGCUGAAGGACCUGGACGCUUGCUUCUUGACAUUCCAUUGCCUGGCAACACCUUCCAAGGAUAGCCAUCCCACCACACCAGCAUGCCCCGGCUUCGAGGGAAUCGGGCACUGCACCACCGCAACGGGCAGGCUUUCCCUGCCCGCCUUCGGGCUGGCGUCCUACAAGCUCCGCAGCUCCCUGUGGGCGUCCAACGGCGCCCCAGAGCAGGAGAGCGUCACCUCGCUGAUGCAGGAGGCGGACAACUGGCUCCGCUGCGUACAGGUGGACCACCCGGACUUCCGGUUCUUCGUGUCCCACUUCGGCGCGACGUGGAGAUGACUCUUCCUUGUGUUGUAAAUGUUUUUUUUGUGACUGUUAGUUAUAUGAUGGCUGUGUGAUGCCAAGUCUGAACUCAGCUGGCUGUGCGUUGAGCACAAGUCUGUUAUGGCACAUAGUGCAGCAGCGCCCCUCUGCCGCGGGGGUUGUAUCAGUUGAAAAAAGGCCCGCCUGUAUCGCGGGCGGGCUCGACUCUUGUUGUCGUCUCCAAUAAGUUUAUAACUGUCUGGUGUAGGUAACUUUUUUGUGGGGGAGUUACAGAUGUGAUGGACCGAAGGUACAAUUGGAGACUUGUAAAACUUUUGAUGAAAAUGAUAGGAAAGAAUAAGUUAUUGCAUUUUAGAGUUAUAUAUAAAACAUGGUUUAUUA